AUGGCGGCGACGAAGGGAUCUACAGCCAACUUCGAGAUUGGCAACUACGUACUGUGGUCGAGAGUGGACCAACGCUUCUCCAAGGAUAAGCUGCUGGCACAGUGGGUAGGCCCCUUCGCUGUGACCGAGGCUCGUCCGUAUUCCUUUAGUGAUCCGUCACUUACUAUCCGGCGCUAUGUACGAGGUCCAUGGCUCGUGACUCCGCUUCUACGCCGACUCCUUCCUGAACAUCACGGAGGGGACCCGCGAGUUCGUCUCGAACCAGGGGGUGCUGCUUGGAGUGGACGGGUUCAGCGACUUUCGCUACAAUCAGGCUCUCUCGAGAUGGGAGCUGCUGGUGAAGUGGACGGGGCUACAGGAGGUCGAGGCAUCGUGGGAGUCGUUGACAGAGUUAAUAGCUCAGGUGCCUGA